AUGGGCCCAACAACCGCAGACACACCUCCCAGAGGCGAGCUGGACCGGCUCGACUCGAUCGAGAAGAAGGAGUCGAUCUCGCACAACGAGUACGCCUCCUCCGACCCCUCGGGCCUCGAGGGACAGGACGGCAAGGUCGACAUUGACCAUGGAAUCGACCCUGUCCUCCUCAAGCGCAUCAUUCGCAAGGUCGACUGGCGCCUCGUCCCCACCCUCGCGGCCAUGUACUGCGUGUCCCUCAUCGACCGCACGAACCUGUCCUACGCCCGCCAGGCCAACAACAUGUGGAUGGACACCGAGCUCGGCACCAAGUACGGCAACCGCUACUCCAUCAUUACCGCUGUGUUCUUCAUCCCUUACAUCAUCCUGGAGAUCCCGUCUCAAUUCGGCCUCCGUCGCUUCGGCGCCCGUAUCUGGCUCGGCGGUGCCGUCGUCAUCUGGGGCAUCAUCGAGCUGUGCAUGGGCUUCGUAACCACGUGGUCGCAGCUCGCCGGUCUCCGCGCCGCCCUCGGAGCCUUCGAGGCCGCCCUCUUCCCCGGUGCGACCUACCUCCUGGCCUGCUGGUACCCCCGCCGACAGAUGGCCUCGCGCACAGCCUUCUUCUACAUCUCCUCCGCCUUUGUGGCGUCCUGUACCACGCCCCUCGGCUACGCCUACGGCCUCCUCCACCGCAAGGGCAAUCUCUCGGGCUGGGCUUGGAUGUUCGUCUUCUCUGGCAUCUUGACCAUUAUCGUAGGCCUUAUCGGCUUCAUUUUCUUAACGGAUGUGCCGAAUAAGGCCAAGUUCCUCACCGAGGAGGAACGGGCGAUCGUCAACCUCCGAAUCGAGCGCGAUCGAGCCGACUCAGUCGACGACCCCAUUACCUGGGCCAAAAGCAGGCAAGCAUACUUCCUCCCGGUCAUCCUCAAGUCAAUGGGCUUCGAUUACGUGGGUCAAAUGCUCCUCGGAACCCCUACAUAUGCUUGGGCCAUCAUCCCGUCGAUUGUAUGCGCCCGUAUCGCCGAUAAUUACCGGGGAAUGCGUGCCCCAAUGGUCAUGUUCAACACCGCGUGUGCCAUUGCCGGCACUGCCAUGUUCUCCAAGCUCUCCAUGGAUCAGAAGGCCGCACGCUACGCAGGCGUGUUCCUGGCCGUGGGUGGGGCCAACGCAAACGUCGGUCUCAUCAUCUCCUGGUCUCAGACGAGCUUGAGGCAGCAGAGCAAGCGUGCCGUGUCCUCGGCGCUGAUCAUCCUCUGGGGCGGCAUUGGCGGCAUCCUCGCAGCCGUCACCAUGCUCCAGAAGGAGGCGGCUAUUGGAUACCCGACCGGCAUCAACUUCUGUCUCGGCAUGAACGCCUGCGUGUUCGUCGGAGCCGGCUUGCUCAGCCUGUACUACCGCAUCCGCAACCGGCAGGCGGACCAGGGCAAGGUCGUCCUUGAGAACGACGAGAACUUCCGUUACCAGCCUUAG